AUGGCGCAGCCUUCGCCCCUGCCGCCGCCUGCCAACGGCGUGUCGGCCUCCCCCGAAACCCCCAGCGAUAGCCCCCAGCUGUCCCUUCCCGGCAAGCGGAAACGCGACGACGAUGAGGGCGACGAGGUGUCUGCCCAACAGCAGGAGGCGACGGCCGCAGUCGACAACUGGGUGGGCAAAAACUCAGAAGAGCUUUUGAAAUAUUACCAACAGGUCCUGGCUAGCCUCGAUAACGACAAGGCUAUCUUUACGCGCGUGCUGCCGGAAGCUAACACGGACGAAGAACCUCAAAUCAAGCGCCAAAAAUCCGCGGAACCCCCGACGCGGUCCACCAUCAGCGACAAGUUUGCGGCCAACAAGUACGAAACCAUUGACGAGGUCGUCGCCGACGUCGUCGCAGCCGUCGAUGAGGCCCUGAAAGAUCUUGAUGCACAAGAGAACCCAAAGGAAGCCGUGCGUUUGAGGGAAUUCAAACGCAAGGCUCUCAAGUACGCCGCGCAGGAGAAAGCAUACCCGCGGAUCAAGGCGGAGUCUCAGGAGGACUCCGAAAAGGCCUUCCAAGAUGGCUCGUCGGUUUUGUCUAUUGUUGGCUUCGCGCCGCAAGAAAGAAGACUUUUUUCUAGUCUACCUGCGUCCGAGGAUGUCGACUUUUCUGAUGUGGCUCUGCCAGCCGGCGUGUCCAUCGCCACCAUUACAAGAUCAAACCAGCAGAUGCCCACGCGGACGCUUGGAGAGCUGUUUGGAUCUCACCGCGCCUUGCCGCCUCUGAACCCCCCGAAACAACCAAAGACGCAAGCAAAGGGAACCGCGAUAGACUUUUACCACCCCGAGCCGACGAAUGCCCGCACGAAUUGCUAUUUUAACACGAAGCUGUCGUCGGGUUACUACCUCGACUAUAGCAAUGCCAUUCCCUCGUCCCAAGCGGUGCCGAAACAGCGCGAACGUGCCGAAAGCUUGGCUGGAAAGAAGCCGUCUAUGAGUGAACUUGAAAUGUCAGAAGUCGAGUCGCUGUUCCGCGGCGCCUUUUCGACCUUUGCCCCUUGCAAAGAUGAUUCCGCCGCCAUAGUGCCUUCCAGCGUCGCUGGACGUAUCUGGUGGCAGCGUUCGGGUCAGCAAAUCUUCGAUCGAAUGCUUGAUGCCGACUACUACGGAGACAAGCAAAAUAAAGAAUCAACGACCAACCCUACCGUUGAUGAGAUCGAUGAGGCUGCCCUUCAGGAUGCCAUCGAUCACUGGGAUGAGACAGCCGUUGACCCCUCAUUAGACGAGUUCAUGGGUACUCGAAGCAAGGCGGACAAAGACACCGAUGACAUCCUCGGCGAGGUCUCAGACUUGAUCGAGACACUAGCAUCCUACCAGCGCAUCCGUAAUCUUACCCUGCCCAACUCGCAGAACAGACAGUCUAGCGACCCUGUCACUGGCGAUAUGCUGGCCAGUUCGGGUCCAGAGCCGACCGAGGACGAGGUAGCCACGUACGAGAUCCUCAAGUCCCAACUCGCCCUUAUCGUCAAGACACUACCGCCUUUUGCUGUUGCCAAACUCGAUGGAGAUCAGUUGAAUGAUCUUCUCAUCAGCACCAAGAUACAGGUCCACACAGACGACUAUCAUGGUACCAUGGAAGAGGAUGAAGCUGGUGUGCAAGCACGCCUUCGUGCCCAACAACAGCAGCAACAACAGCAGCAGCAGCAGCAAGCGGCCCAGACUGCUCGCCAGCAACCACAGCGGACACCCAGUGCUGGAGGCCAGUAUCCUACCCAGUACCCGGCCGCUGCUCAAUAUGGCACGCCGGGCCGCACACCGCAGCCGCAGCAAUACUACCGCCCAGGCUCCCAGCCAGGUUUCCAGCCACAGCGCAACGCGACGCCGCAGCCGCCGCGCCCGCCGCAACCUAAUCAGUACACGCGGCCAAAUGGGUAUCCCGCCAACCAGUACGCCACGCAGCUGGCCAAAGCCCAGACACCAUAUGGGCACCAGAACAUGCCCCAGUACGCAAACCAACAACGACAGCAGUUUCCGCAGGCGCCAUCGGCGCAGCCCGGCACCCCCAACGCGGCCGCCUACCACCAAUACCAGCCACAGCAGCCUCAGAGCGUCGCAACACCGGGUAGUUAUGCAGGGUAUGCGAAUGGAACACCCCAACCACACGCUCAGCACCCACCCGCGCAGCAGCAGAGACAUAUGUCGCCCCCUGGCCAGCAGCAGAGACAAACGUACAGCCAGUCUCCUAACAUGCAGACUCAGCAGCGCUUCGCGACCCCGACCCCUCAGCCUGGCACGCCUGGUCAAGCAGCACGAUACGUCCCCGGUGCGAAUCAGCCUGGAUACAGCCAGUCGCCGGGUCUUACCGGAUACCACACGGUGAUUUCAGAAGCGCAGCAACAGCGCAUCAUGGAGCAGGCCAAGGCCCGCGUCGCCGCUGGCGCUCAGCCGGGGAGCUACUCGAAUGCUGCGCUGGCUGCCGCCCGCGCGAACCGCAUCGCCAGCCAGCAGAAGCCGCAGACGCCGACGGCGCAGCGAGCCAGCACCCCGGUGCUGCCUCCGCACAAGGUUACGCCUGUGCCUGUGCCUCCGAUCCCUGGUACCGCGCCUCAGCAGCCGCCGCAAUAA